AUGUCUAUGUACGUUCUUAUCAUGAUCAUAUGGGGUACCUUCUUUACAACAACACCAAAUGAAAACAAUCUAUCAGCUAGCUCACUAUUUUUUUGCAAAGUAGUCAGCAAAGAAUAUAAUUCCAUUAUUAAUAUUGAACCUGUUAUAAAUCAUAUCGAUGAAGCUAUUGCUUCCAAUUCAACUCCGUCGUCAGCACUUCUUAAUGUGUGUUUUAAAAUACUUGCCGGAGCUUCAAUAGUUCUUCCCGAAGAAUUAAAGACUGUUAUUGGCAAUGAUGAAUAUUUUGGAUGUAGAGUGAACUUAUCAUUGUAUCGUAUGAAAUCCGAUGAAAUCGUUCGGAAAUUGAAACAAUUGCCAUCAAGAAUUCAAAUUAAUGAACAGGGUUUUUUCCGUGAUGCAUUUCGUGUGACAUCUAUUGAACGAGAGGCUGAAUAUCUCGUUCAAUCCAUAGAGUAUUAUUCGCCAGUUCAAUAUUAUACAAAUUCAAGUCGUAUGAUGAAAUUAUGUGAAUGGAGAGUCUUCAAAUUUCCAUCGUUAUCGCUUAAUAUCGCAAAUCAAGAUACAUCAAAAUUAAAAUUUGUCGCGCAGUACAAUUUAGAAAGAAGUCAAUUCGAUGAUGACACACCAACAUACGUGUUUGGUAGAACCAAUAUCGAGGAUCAUGGGUACGUUUCAAUUGUUAAUUAUGGCACUCAGCCUGGACCAAAUGUUGAUGGAUACUAUCAAAUGAAAUUACUGGUCAUUGAAGAUUUGAAAUUAUUGAAAGGAUUGCCAGUUCUGGCCAGAACGAUACGCAACCGAGAAACAGGAAUCGAAACUCUUAUUAGCUACGGCCACACUCGACGACUUCAAAAUAAUCUUGGCAUUGAAGUUAAUAGUGACAUGUUGUAUGACGAUGACACAGUGGUGAUAUUGGACACAAACACAGGGGUAAAAACUUACCAAUGCGGUCAUACGCAGAUCCAAGGCAUAGAUCUCAUCACCUUUGACUGUAAUCAAUUGCGUCAGAAUGCUUUAAAACAAUUUAUUCAGGAAAAUAUUAAAUAA